AAGCGCCAUCACCUCUUUCCAGUUUUCAUCCCGUUGUAUAGCUACAGAAGAAAUGACCAUAACUCUCCCCAACGCAUUUCUCCAAAUCCCCCCUUCAUUCUCCACCAGAAAGGCGGUGACUGCAACUGGAGGGAGCUACAGACCACAAAUUACUUGCCGGAAGAAAGAAAUCCACCCGGAAUUCUACGAGGAUGCUAAAGUUUACUGCAACGGAGAAUUGGUGUUGACUACAGGUGGGACACAGAAGGAGUACGUGGUGGAUGUUUGGUCGGGCAACCAUCCUUUCUACCUCGGAAACAGGUCGGCCGUUCUUGUGGACGCGGACCAGGUCGAGAAGUUCCGUAAGAAGUUUGAAGGGUUGCCUGAGAUUAUGGAAAUUCCGGUGCUUAAAGGCGAGAUUGUUUUGCCCACUAAGAAGAAGUCAGCUGGUAAAGGCAAGAAGAAGUAGAUUAAUUAAUUGCUACUAAUUUAAUUAGUUAUUUU